AUGACAUUAAAUUGAUCGCAAGCAUCGGUGGACGGAAGUAAUGACGUAAUCGUGUGUGUGUGUGUCCUUGGCUGACAGGGUAUAAAAAGGAGGCGCGGUGUGGACAACCCAACAACUAAAGUCAUUCAGCGUGCAGCUCGUUCAGCUGGGGGGAGUAACACGUGAGACAACUUUAUCUCCACUUUGGUACCCUGUCUAAAAGUGUGGUCAUACCCACGAUGGCGUUCAUUUGAGUUAUUCUCCAAUGUGGACGCUUCAAAGGAGAAUGUGUCCUGCGUGGCCAUUGGUGGCGGCGCUGCUUGUGGGCGUGGCCAAAGGAUCUGACAGUCCGUGCUGGGAGCUUCCCACUUGCCAGGAGGUCCACUCAGAGAGCAGCAUCAUGGAGUGCAUCCGACUCUGCCGUGCCGACGUCAGCGCCGAGAAGCCGCAGGUCCCGGGCGACGCCCACCUGCAACCGUUCCCUCCCCCCGAGUCGCCGCUCCCCCUCCCCCCCUCCAAGCGCUCCUACGCCAUGGAGCACUUCCGCUGGGGGAAGCCCGUGGGCCUGAAGCGGCGCCCCAUCAAGGUGUACGCGGCCAACAGCGUGGGGGAGGAGUCCAACCGGGUUCUGAGGAGGCGCAACCUCGGGGAGGAGGAGGAGGAGGAGGAGGGGGAGGAGCAUCAUCUCUCAGGGGGCGCGUACCAGAAGAAAGACGGCACCUAUAAGAUGAGGCACUUCCGUUGGGGCGCCCCGCCGACCGCCAAACGCUACGGCGGCUUAAUGAGAGGCUACGACGAGCACAGCCAGAGGCCGCUAUUCACGCUCUUUAAAAACGUCAUCAGCAAAAGUGGCGAGCGUUGACGGCAUGAGGCGCCAGCCUUUUUUUGUUUUGUUUUGUUCAAAUCUCAUUUUUUUCCCCUCCUAAGCUUAUCAACCUUUGCCAGUCCUGUGUAACUCCCACGCUAUUGCACCUGACGCCAGCAGAGGGCAGCACAUCUUCAGCGCUUAUCACUUUAUCUUGUCUUACUUCAUUGCUCCACUUGGGGGCGCUGUGUCACAGGUGUUCCAAUUUGUACCUUCUAAAAAACAAAACCACGCACACGACGUCUUUUGCCUCGAUGAAGGUGGGAAAACAGGAAGUGUCCUUCAAUCAAAUCAAAUAAAAUGUGUGUGAAAGCU